AUGAAAAGUGCUUCUCCUAUUCCCAGUAAACUAGAAAAGAGAGGACUAAUUUCAACCUUAACACUAGGUCACUCGCCUAUCGUCCAUUUAGAAAAAGAAAAAGAAAAGCCAACUAAGCCUAUUUCGAAAAGAAGAAUUGACGAAGAAAGCCUAACCUGGAGAACUCUAAACCCGGCCUACCCAGAAAAACCUUCUCGAUGCGUAUACGGAAAAAGGAGAGUAACCCCUAACUAUGCUGACGAUUCUCAAGAUAGCAGAAGCACGAGUGCAGAUCUUGCGGUUAAAUCACCAAAUCCUCAAUGCAAGACAAGCAGAGAGCAUCCUUUUAGUGGGGAAGCCGUAAAAAUCGAAGAAGACUACAAGUCCAUAAGGUCACAAAAGUACCUUGAAAGCCAAGUAAUUGGACUCCCUGGAUCGAGAGUUAAAUGCUAUACACCUCCUCCCUCAAACAAAAUGCCCAGAACAAUCUCAUCAAUAGAAAAUUUGCCAGGGUCAUUCUUAGUUCCUCCAGAAGAUCCUCAAAAAACCCAAAAAAAGCUUAGUCCUUUGAAGCAUGAGACAACAAUGUUUAAUCCAGUUAUUGAAAAGCCUCUAAAACAAAGCAUUACUUUAGAGCAAAGUUUUGAUAUCUCAGGCCGGUUUUAG